AUGCAUCUCAAAACCAGCACCCUCUUGCUCGCAGCAGCCUCCUUCACAACCGCCCAAACAACCUCGAGUAAACGCGGUCUCGUCUUCGUCCCCAACCCCAAACACCCCACCGACAACCAGAUCUGGGUCGAAGGAGCCAGCGAUUUAACCUGGUACUACAACUAUGCCACCGCCCCUUCCCCCGCAUAUCAAAACCGCACUCAAUCCGACUUCCAAUACGUCCCCAUGCUCUUCUCGCCCUCGUCCACCUUCCAGUCCGAGAUCGAAACGCUGAUCACCAACGGGAGGAAUAUAAGCCAUGUCAUGACAUACAAUGAGCCGGACGGCGAAUCCUCGACCGGAGGCAGCUCUGUGAGUCCUGUCGACGCCGCAACGAAUUGGAUCGCACAGGUUGAGCCGCUGCGGGCAAAGGGAGUCAAGACUGGGGCGCCUGCUGUGACGGGGGGCGAAGGAGGCUUUACGUGGUUAAAGAGCUUUUUUGCGGCUUGCCAGAGUCAAGGGACGAAUUGUACAGCAGAUUUUAUUCCCAUUCAUUGGUAUGGGAAUUUUGCCGGGUUGGCGAGCCAUAUUGGAGAGGUUGUUGCGACAUACCCAAAUACCUCAAUCUGGAUCACCGAAUAUGCCCUCAACAACGCCACCCUCCCCGAAACCCAAGACUUCUACAACACCUCGGCCCAAUACUACGACCGCCUCGAUUACGUCGACCGCUACAGCUAUUUCGGGAGUUUCAGAAGUGAUGUCAGCAAUGUGGGCCCCAAUGUUGCCAUGUUGAAUAACAAGGGCGAGUUGACGGAUAUUGGGAGCUGGUAUCUGGGCGGGAAGGCUACGGGGAAUAAACCCGGUGGAAGUGGUGCGGGGAGGACAGUGCAGAGUUCGUGGCUGUUGGUCGUGUGUGUCGUGGUGGGUUUUUUAAUAACGUUGUAA